GCAGAAUGACUUGUACCAACGAGAAGCUGUAAAAUGCAUUAAAAGUGGUCAAUCUCAAACAACAUCUGUUGUUUUAUCACAUUAGCAUUUUUUAUGACAAUUUUCGCCAUCUGUUGGUAAGGCUUGAGUGUGUCGUUCCGUCACAUGUAAAAUCGUGCUGCUGUAAUAUUAUGCCUUUAAUAAAUUGUUGCGUAUAAAGCAUUUAAAACACGCCUCUUCAUAACCACAUUCAAAUGAAUUAUAUUUACGUCAAAAUUUUAGUGCGUUUGACAUAUCGAACGAUUUAGUUUUUUGGUCAAAACCUGGUUGAAAAUAAUAAUUAGCUAACGUGACCGGAACGCUACGCCUCUAAGAAAAGUCAUUUGUAAAUUUUUAUUUAUAAUCUAGCAAGGCCUUCAGCCAAUAGAACGUGAACGUAGGAACGCCCAUAAUGAAUAUUCAUGAGCAAAUCCUUCGCCGUAGUAGGACGCGCGUGUCUGUCUCCGGAUGUGUUCAUCUCAGGCGGUAGUGAUCCAGCAACAGCAGCACCAGCAGCAGCAACUUGGAGGUGAGCGACUCUCUCAGCAGCAUCAUGGCGGAGCAGAGCGACUCCCCGGCGGCUGUCCUGACCCCGCAGCCGGUGCCCACCGUCAGCUGGCCCAACGUCAAGGAGGCGUACGAGCUGCAGGAGGUGAUCGGCAGUGGUGCCACGGCGGUUGUUCAGGCAGCGUUGUGUAGCCCUCGACAAGAGCGCGUGGCCAUCAAGAGAAUCAACCUGGAGAAGUGCCAGACCAGCAUGGAUGAACUGCUGAAAGAGAUUCAAGCCAUGAGUCAGUGCAACCAUCCAAACGUGGUGACCUACUACACUUCAUUUGUUGUGAAAGAUGAACUGUGGCUGGUCAUGAAACUCCUCAGUGGAGGUUCAGUGUUGGACAUCAUCAAACAAACUUUCAGCAAAGGAGAACAUAAAAACGGCGUUCUAGAUGAACCCGCGAUAGCGACCAUAUUAAAUGAAGUGUUGGAGGGAUUAGAUUAUCUACACAAAAACGGACAAAUUCACAGAGAUGUGAAAGCGGGUAAUAUUCUCCUUGGAGAAGACGGAUCGGUGCAGAUCGCAGAUUUUGGCGUGAGUGCUUUUCUCGCCACGGGGGGAGACGUCACCAGACACAAAGUCAGAAAAACAUUUGUGGGGACCCCGUGCUGGAUGGCCCCCGAGGUGAUGGAGCAGGUGCGGGGUUACGACUUCAAAGCUGACAUUUGGAGUUUUGGAAUCACGGCCAUUGAACUCGCGACAGGCUCGGCGCCCUACCAUCGAUACCCCCCUAUGAAGGUGUUAAUGCUCACGCUGCAGAACGAUCCGCCAAGUCUGGAGACGGGCGUCGAGGACAAAGAGAUGCUGAAGAAGUAUGGGAAAUCCUUCAGAAAACUCAUAUCGCUGUGCCUUCAGAAAGACCCAGCAAAAAGGCCGACGGCAGCCGAGCUUUUGAAAUGUAAAUUCUUUCAGAAGGCAAAGAAUCGAGAGUAUUUGAUUGAAAAGCUGCUAAGUAAAGGACCAAAUGUAAUCCAAAGAGCCAAGAAGGUCAGAAGGGUUCCAGGUUCCAGCGGUCAUCUGCACAAGACUGAAGAUGGAGAUUGGGAAUGGAGCGAUAACGAAAUGGAUGAAGCAAGUGAAGAAGGGAAAGCAGCUGUCAAUCACGGAAGGUCACGCAGGGUCAGAGACGAAAACCAGCACGGUGAAGUGAAUGCCAACAGUCUCCUGGUAGAGAACCUCUCCAUUCAGCAUCCCCAGGUUCAACCGUUGGAGAAAUCCUCGAGCGGUCCGGGAGCGGUAAACAUGGUCCUGAGGUUAAGAAACUUGAAGAAGGAGCUGAAUGACAUACGGUUUGAGUUCACACCAGGACACGAUACUGCAGACGGAGUUUCUCAGGAACUGUUUUCUGCGGGGCUGGUCAACGGACAUGAUGUUGUCGUGGUGGCUGCUAACCUCCAGAAGAUUGUAGACGACCCAAUUACCUAUAAAGUAUUGACCUUUAAGCUGGCGUCUGGCUGUGACAGCUCAGAAAUCCCAGAUGAGGUGAAGCUGAUUGGCUUUGCACAGUUGAGUGUCACUUGAUAGCAUCUCAUUACCGCGGCAACGGGAGAGGAGGUGGGCAGAGGGUACACGGAUGUGUGUGUCUGAAGGGACUGAGCGCUACAGGAGUUAGCUGGAGGUUUGGUACUACGUUGAAUCGCUCCGCUGCAAACCUCCUGAUUCCUCAUCCAGCUUCUCUUACCCCGCUCCACCCGUCCUCCUCGUGGAGAAAGAUUGCACCUAUUCAAUCAAACACAGCACUGUUAUACACACACGCACCGUCCCUCAGAGCUGUAUUCCCAAAACCUUUCACCAAACAUUCCAACACACAUUUCCCAGAAUUUAAUGCAGGAGCCCAUCAUCUCAGGAGGCAAGCUAGUGAAACAAAAAAAGAGAUUUUUUUGGGUUUUAUUAUUUUAUUGAUUUUAGUGUUUACCUCUGCUUUCAACAAAGCUCUGUAUUAUUAUUGUUGUUGUUGUUAUUAUUUAAAAAUGCCUUUUAUUUUCUCUUGUACGUGUCGACUUAGAAGCGUGUGCUGAUUGUAGACCACAUAACUGAAACGGAGGCGCGUCGUCCCUCUGAAUGUAAAAAGCACAUUUUCAUAUUAUACGUUAUUUUAACAUUUCAAGUGUAUUGUAUAUAAAGAACCUUUUUUUUUCGAUUCCAAGAGUAUGAGAGAAGAACCGAAUGCUGCCAUGUGCAAAUGUACUGCUUUAUUUUCAGGACAGUGUUGAUGCUUCAAAGCUAUAGAGGUGCCUUGUUUUUUUUUUAUCUGUGCCUGAGAAACGUAGGUAAGAAGCUUGAAGCUUUCCGAAGAAAAUCAUGCUGCUUCACGAGCAGAAUUUGGGGAUAGUGUUUUCAGUGGUCACAUUAAGAUAACAGCUGAUGCACUUUGGUUUCACGCGGCGAGGAGACAAGCACCUGCGUCUCCGGCGCUUUGACCCUGAGGAGCUUUCCGGAGUUAACCCGCUUUGUCACGUGACAGACGCACACUUUAAUCCUGACGUGUAUUGUAUUUUAAUAGCCAACUGAUGAGGACUUGAUUUAACAGCACUAGAAUGUGUUUGAACCCAGAAUGCAUCGGUGUCAGAUGCAGCGAGUAUUUCCUGAAGGAAACCAAACGUCUACUACUGAAUGACAGAAAAGCCAUCUGUGUGUCCAAAACUAGUAGCUUGAAUUGAAUGAUUCUGUCUUCAACCCACGUGUAAAUAAUGUUAACUAGAGCUCAAUACUUUAUUGUUAAGUUGAAUUGUGUUUUCUAUAUACCAUGCGUGUAUAUUACUCUUCAUGUUCCCUUUAUGUAAUCCGCAAAGAAUAUACAAUUUCUGCAAAGGAACAACAAAUAAAAUGGAAUUGCUA